AUGAUUUCGAUUCAUUUUGAUGUUUGGCAAAAUGACGAUUACAAUGAUGAUAAUGACAAUCGUUCUUCUAAUUCACUUCAAUCAAAUAAUGAUUUUUUAGAAAUGGAUACUUUAAAACGUCGGCACCUUACUACUGCAAUUAAUCAACAAUUUCCUAAAGCUGGUUACGAACAAGUUCCUUUUGACCCUAUUGACUUUGAUGAAAAUGGAAAAUUAUAUAAACCGAUACGUUCACCCAAGAAUAAGGUGGUUUUAGCUAUUUGGAAACAACAUAAUGAUAUCAUUAUUCCGGCAUUCUUUACUCUUUUAUCUUUUUGGACGAGAUAUUACUUGAUUUCUUAUUCAAAGUUCGUUGUUUGGGAUGAGUUUGGUUCACAUUACUUAAAGAGAGAGUUCUACUUUGAUGUGCAUCCUCCACUUGGAAAGAUGUUGGUUGGUUUUGCUGGAUUUCUCGCAGGAUAUAAUGGAUCAUUCGAAUUUGGUUCCGGAGAAGCAUAUCCCGCAGACGUAAAUUACACUUUUAUGCGGAUGUUUUUUGCAUCUUUCGGGGCUUGGAUGGUUCCUUUAGCAUAUUUCACUUCACUUGAACUAGAUCUCUCUCAACAUGCUGUAAUCUUGACGACAUUAAUGGUUUUACUUGAUUGGUGGUUAUGGCUUAUUCUUACUGGAGUAUCUAUUGGAUGUGUAACAAGUGUCAAAUGGGUUGGUUUAUUUGUUACUGCAUUAGUUGGCUUAUAUACGAUUGAGGAUUUGUGGGAUAAAUUCGGUGAACUCAGCAUGCCAAAGAAAAUUUACCUCAAGCAUUGGAUUGCAAGAAUCAUUUGCUUGAUAAUAUUACCAAUUCUAUUAUAUAUGCUUAGCUUCGCAUUACAUUUCGCUAUUCUCCAUAAUAGUGGUCCAGGAGAUGCACAAAUGAGUUCCUUAUUUCAAGCAAGCUUGCGUGGCAAUAAUUUUUACGAAAAUCCUAUAAAGGUGGCAUAUGGUUCAAGAUUCACCCUUAAGAACAUGGGAUAUGGUGGUGGCCUUUUGCAUUCUCAUGUUCAAACUUAUCCUAGUGGAUCGAAACAACAACAAGUAACAUGUUACCAUCAUAGAGAUACAAAUAAUGAAUGGAUUAUUAAAAAACCAAGAGAAUUACAUGUAGAAAACGAUACGGAGAUUGAAUUUGUAAAACAUAAUGAUGUUGUCCGUUUGUUUCAUGCGCAAACUGGUCGAAAUCUUCAUAGUCAUCAAGUAGCUGCACCUGUCACAAAAUCUUUAUAUGAAGUUAGUUGUUAUGGUAACGAAAAAAUUGGUGAUAAAAAUGAUCACUGGGUUGUUGAAGUGAUAGACGAUCUUUUUGAAAAAACGAAUAAUCUUCAUUCGUUGACAACUCGUAUAAGAUUUCGUCAUCAAGUCCUGGGAUGUUAUUUAAGAGCUGCUAAUUCUAUUUUGCCUCAAUGGGGAUUUAAACAAAUUGAGGUAACAUGUGAUAAAAAGAACAAUCCAUCUGAUUCUCAUACGCAUUGGAAUGUUGAGCAUCAUUGGAAUGACAAAUUGCCUUCUGGUGGUAGUUCUCAUUAUAGAACACUGUUCUUACAUGAUUUUUGGCAUUUAAAUGUUGCUAUGUAUACUUCUAAUAAUGCGCUCGUUCCUGAUCCUGAUAAAGAAGAUAUCCUUGCCUCUCAUCCACUACAAUGGCCUAUCUUACAAGUGGGCAUUCGAAUUUGUGGUUGGGAUGAUAAUGCGGUUAAGUACUAUUUACUUGGAAACCCUGCUGUGUGGUGGUCAGGUACUGCUUCAUUGGUUAUUUUUGUUUUAUUGUUUGCUUGGUAUUUGAUUCGACGACGACGACAGUACCGCGAUUUCACACAAGCGCAAUGGUUUCACUUUUUAUACGUGGGCAAAUUAUGUUUUAUCGGAUGGGUACUUCAUUAUUUACCAUUUUAUAUUAUGGGCCGUGUUACGUACCUUCAUCACUAUUUUCCAGCUCUUUAUUUCACCAUUCUUAUGUGUGCGUUCGUUUUGGAUCAUUUUACUUCAACCUGUAAUUCAAUAAUUAAGCAUAUUGUAUUUGGUUUUAGUUAUUUUAUGGUAAUAUCGGUGUUUUUAUAUUUCAAGGAUAUUGCAUUUGGAUUCGAUUAUCCUUCUAGUGAGCUUAAAGGAAGGAAAUGGCUUAGCACAUGGAAUCUUGCAGAUUAA